AUGCCGAAGUUCUUCUGCGACUACUGCGACGUCUACCUCACGCACGACUCCAUGAGCGUGCGCAAGGCCCACAACAACGGCCGCAACCACCUGCGCAAUGUCAUCGACUACUACCAACAAAUCUCCCAAGAAAAAGCCCAAUCCGUAAUCGACUCCAUCACUGCCUCCUACACCGCCGAAGGCCUCGCCCACGCAAACCCCAUGCUCCCACAAAACCAGCCUGGCGCCUCCUCCGCCCCUCCCUACCCAGGCAUGCCACCCUUCCCUGCCGCUCCCGGCGCGCCCGGCUCGACUCCCUUCUUCCCUCCCCCUCCUCCCGCGCCCGGCGCCGGUGCCCCCGGUGCACCGGGUACUUCGACCUCAGCGGCACCUAGCAGUACCCCGAGCAGUGCGGUUCCGCCCCCAUUCCCGGGAGGAAUUCCCCCGUUCCCUCCCGUUCCUAUCCCGGGUAUGCCGAGCAUCCCGGGGAUGCCCUUCCCCCCUCCGCCGUUCCCUGCCCCCGCCACGGGUACAGCAGGCCCAAAUAAAUCCGGGACGCCGACCACGGCCGGGGCACCGCCCUUCCCGUUUCCGCCGCCGUUCCCUCCCCCGCCGACGGGCGCAACGACAUCUGGUGCUGGCGCGGCAGCAGGGACGCCGUCGACAGCUGGGGCACCUCCGUUCCCGAUUCCUGGCGUGCCGCCUUUCCCUCCUGGGGCGCCAGGGGCGGCGGGGAAGCCUGGGGCUGUGCCGCCGCCACCACCACCAUUCCCAGCUUAUGGGGUGCCGCCGCCGGGUGCAGGGUUUCCUGGGGCGCCGGGGGCGUAUCCCCCUCCUCCUCCUGGAGCACCAGGGGUUGGGGAGAAGCGUUGA